CCCGUCUCUGUAAGUAUACCUCCUUAUAUUGCCUAUGUUAAGUCCCAGAUCUAAACUUCCGAACUGGAAACCUGGAUGAUAUACCUGCUCAAGUCCCGCUUGCGUGAAACACCGUAAAUUCAUUUCAUCGACACCCUGUCUAGCAAGGAGUUGGGAAGUGAAUCCAUCGUAGGAAGACCAAGCUAGGAUGAAGGGCGCAUCGAAAGCCUACUCGGUGCCUACGACCCUGAGCCUCGUCGCCCGUGUGCAGUUCCGUGGAGAUGCCCGCAGAACUGACAUUUCGCACACUACGCAAGCCGGUCAGAUACAUCCAUGCCAGCCUUUCAUUGCAACCUCGCGGAAUACUCACGUUCUCGACGUCGCACCAGCCGAACCGGCACUUGUUCUCGCGGCAUUGAUAGUACCCCGUCCAGCACCCUUCCUGGCACGAGCCCCAGUUCGUGUCACCGACGGUGCCAUGGUCGCGAGCCGAAAGCACGGGAGUAGGAGGGCUGCUGCUCUCGCGCUUCAGAGGGAGCGGGCCCUCAGCGUCCUCGUUGGCUUGCAUGUCGGUGUCGCCGUGGAGACCCUUGCAGAAUUGGCAUGUCAUGCACUUUUUCAUAAUGUUAGUCAGAUACUGUACAGUACGUUCAAAGCUGACAUUUCAUUGCGAGCUGGCCGGGUCACUUACCUUUCUUUCUUCGCAGUAGCUGAACCUGCACUUGUUGGUGUGGCACUUGUAGUAGCCCUCCCAGCAGCUGGGCUUGCAUGUUUUCGGCUUCACCUUGGACUCGUUGCUGGUUGCGAUGUCGUCGCCAGGAGUUAGAGCUGGGGAAGCGUCGAGCUCGGCGGGGAUGGCAGAUGUGAC